CCCCCUGGAUCCGCCCUUGUAGCAAGUCUUGACCGGCAUCUACGAGAUCAGAAAUAUCCACUUUCCAUAAUUAAUGACCGCCAAUUCCAGCAGUCAAAGCAAGUACUUGUGGGAAGAGCCAAACUACUUCGUGAAGAAGAGAAAGGCGAGAGACCAAAUGCCUCAAAUGCAGUGUCGAAGCUUGAGGAAGAAGAGCUCUGGAAGGAGGGAAAGCUGGGUUCAGACAAUCCAAGAACACUCUGCCGGACGAUAUGGUAUAUUCUAACGCAGCACUGUGGUCUUAGAGGACGUCAAGAGCACCAUUCAAUGACAGUAGAGGGUUUCAAACUAUGCCGAGAUGACCGAGGCGUUGAGUACGUUAUUUUCAACGAAAACCCAACCAAGACGAGGCAAGGCGGUUUAAACACGAAGAGAAGACAAGUCCGACCCAAAAUGUUUGCCACUGGAGGUCCAAGAUGCCCCGUUGGCCUUUUCAAAGAGUUCCUUAACAGACGUCCUCCUGAACUUCGCGAAACUGGUCCUUUUUACUUGGCUAUCAUUGAAAAGCCUAAAACUGCCGUGUGGUACAAGAAACAGCGGCUCGGUGUGCAUACUAUUAACCAGAUGAUAAAGGCUAUAAUAGAAGGAACCUCUAUGGCUGACUCUGGAAAAAGAUUGACUAACCAUUCUGCCAGAAAAACUGUGGUAAAAAAGCUAAGAGCCGCGAAUGUCGAAAGGCAAUCAAUCAUUCAAAUCACCGGCCAUGCAAGCGAGCAAUCCCUCCAAGAUUACGAUGAAGGAAACGAAGAAGAGCAGAGAGUGUAG